GGUCGUUUAGGAAUACCAAUAUGUUGGUUGUGACUAGGACGGGCUUCCCUCUAAAUCAGACUGCCCUUCUAAGAUUCCGAGAAAUCUCGAGAGCGCCUCUAAUGGCGAAUGAGGGAUCUAUCUGGUCUUCAUAGAUGGAGAGUUUUAGGGUUUAGUGUGCGGAUUGGAGGUGUCUAUCGGGAGAAUCGGCGAUGGCGACGGCGACGGUCGCGACGGCGGCGGGGAUGGCGGUGGUGCUGUACUUCCUGCUUAGCUGGAGGAUUGCUGCAGCGAGGACGGACGGGGAGGAGGAUCAUGGCGGUGGAGGGAGUGUGCACAAGGUGGAGAGACUGGCGGCCGGGAGGAGGAGGAUCGCGCGUAGGCCGGCUCAGCCGCCGGCGACGUGGCGGGAGGCUGUGGCGACGCUGGUUGAGACUCUUCGUUUCACGUACUCGGAGACGCUGGGGAAGUGGCCGAUCGGGGAUUUGGCCUUCGGGAUUAAAUAUCUGAUGAGGCGGCAGGGUAAUCUGCAUGUCGCAAGUGUGUAUGCUGGUAGUGAUUGUGUAGAACUCAAGGGGCCUGAGGUACUGGCUGAAUUGAUUCGUUUAUUAAGAUUGCUGAACCUCUGCUAUCUUUUCUCAAAGAGACCAUUUCCAAUUUUUCUGGAGUCUGCUGGCUAUUCACCAGAAGAUGUACUUCUUCAAGAGCCUAAGGCAGGGCUUUUGAAACCAGCUUUCACAAUCUUAGAUGACAAGGAAACCAAAUGCUUUCUUCUGCUGAUACGAGGAACCCAUAGCAUUAAAGACACUUUGACAGCUGCAACUGGUGCAGUGGUUCCUUUUCACCACUCCGUUUUAGAUGAAGGUGGUGUGAAAAAAUUAGUCCUAGGAUAUGCUCAUUGUGGGAUGGUUGCUGCUGCUCGUUGGAUUGCAAAAUGUACUACCCCAUGCCUUCUGAAAGCAGUCAAUCAGCAUCCAGAUUUCAAGAUCAAGAUUGUUGGGCACUCAUUGGGAGGUGGCACUGCUGCACUGUUAACAUAUAUUCUUCGGGAGCGGAAAGAAUUCUUUUCAAGCACUUGUGUGGCAUUUGCUCCGGCUGCUUGCAUGACAUGGGAGUUGGCGGAGUCUGGCAAGGACUUCAUUACUAUGGUUGUCAAUGGCUCAGACCUGGUUCCAACAUUUUCAACUGCUUCCAUAGAUGAUCUUCGGUCUGAGGUGACGGCAUCAUCAUGGUUAAAUGAUUUGAGAGAUCAAAUACAGCGUACUAGAAUCUUAAAUGUUAUUUAUCGCUCCGCAUCUGCCCUAGGAUCUCAUUUGCCAUCCAUUUCUAGUGCAAGGGCUAAGGUUGCAGGUGCUGGUGCUCUACUUCGGCCUGUAUCCAGCAAAACUCAGGUUAUGGUUAAACGUGCACAAUAUGUUGCACAAGCAGUUGCUAGAAGCCAGUCAUCAUUCUCCUCUUGGACAUGCAUGGGUGCACGGCAUCGUGCUAUUGGUACAGUCACUAAAGAGAAGGAACCUAUUCUGCCAUCUGCACCACAAAGAAAUUCAGAGAAAAUUAGUGUUGAUUAUUGCGACAAUGAGAUGGUGAAUGAACCACAAUUUGAUAGUUCCAAAGAUUCGGACGAUGAGGAAACAGAGAAAGAGGAGCUAAUACAACAAGAUCAAGUUGGUGGUGCUUCUGCUGUUGAUCAAUUGACAGAUGGUGAUUUAUGGUUUCAAUUGGAAAAGGAAAUCAAUGAGCAAUCUGACUCUACUGUUGGUGACGGUCAGGAGGAUGUAGUGGCUGCUGUAAAAAAAAUAAUGGAUGAGGAAAAUGCAGUGCUGCAAGCUAACAAGCAGCAAAUUUCAGCAGUUGCAUUCGAAACGCACCAGUUUUACCCUCCCGGGAGAAUCAUGCAUAUGGUGGUGUUGCAAACUUCAGAGUCUGAUCCAACGGAGAAUGUCAUAAUGGAUGAAAAGAAUGUUGGGAUCUAUGAAUCCCCAAGAUAUCUGUAUAGUAAGAUUAGGCUUUCGAGAACUAUGAUAAAUGAUCAUUAUAUGCCUAUGUAUAAAAUGAUGAUGGAACUACUGAUCGAAAAGCUUGCCAAAGAUGAUGAUGAUGAUCAAAGAAAAACGCUAAUAUGAAAAGGACAAUAGAAUUGAUGUUUUUGCAACAGCUGAGAAAUUACAUUUCUUUGGUGGUUACUGUGUUGGUAUCUGCCAUUGAUUAUUGU